AUGAAUAAUAACAGUAAUAACAAUGCAGCAAAUGAUAACAGAUUGGAAUUUAUUAGGAAAGUGACAGAACAGAAUACACUUCCAGUUCCCUCUCCAUUCAAGAGAGUUCAACAAAAGAAAUCUAGAAGGCAUAAGGCAGUGAAGCAAUUAUUAUCAGAAGAAAACAAAAGAAUAAAUGCUAUAUUUCAGCAAGAACAACAAGACAAUGAUGCCGAUAAGAAUAUCAAACAUAAACGUCUUGUACCUAAGGUAACAUAUUUUAAUGUGGAUGCCCCACCAUCUUUGAGACCGCCAAAGAAAUAUUGUGAUAUUACAGGGUUGAAGGGUCCAUAUAGAUCACCAACGACUAAUAUAAGGUAUCAUAAUGCUGAGAUUUAUCAAUUAAUUGUGAAACCAAUGGCUCCAGGAGUUGAUCAAGAAUACCUAAAACUAAGAGGUGCUAAUUUUGUUUUGAAAUAG